AUGGUAGCCAUGUCUCAACAAAGUGGGACUCAGGAAGUCGUAUCUGACUACUCUGAAAACGGCCGCGGCUACUGCGGAUACCGAAGAGGCAGAUAUUUACUUCCUAUCGAUGAUGCCGAGCAAGACAGACUUGACAUUUUUCAUAAACUCAUUGUUCUUGCGAGAAAUGAAAAGCUCUUCGAAGUGCCUCCUCCCAAAGGAGCCCACGUCCUCGAUAUCGGAACGGGGACUGGAAUUUGGGCGAUUGAUGUUGCCGAUCAGCUCUAUGCCCGUUCAGAAGAUGCUAGCGAUCUGGUUGAAGGGUGGGAUCUUGCUAUGAUCCAACCCAGUGCGAUCCCUGCAACCGUCAAGUUCACGCGCACUGAUGUUGAGUCGCCCUGGCCAGCUUUAGAGCAGACGUUGGACAUGAUCCACAUUCAAAUGAUGCUCGGCUGCAUAAGAGACUGGCCAGAACUCUACAGAAAGUCUUUCAGGCACCUGAAACCAGGCGGCUACAUUGAGCAAGUGGAAAUCGAAUGGGUUCCUCGCAGCGAUGAUGGUACCUUAGCACAGGAUUCACCUCUUAUUCACUGGAGCAGUACGUUGUCCCAUGCGAUGAGGACGUAUGGACUGCCCAUAGACGUAUUCGAUGCAGGGGCCGAGCUCCGGGCUGCAGGUUUCACCAACAUCACUGAGAACAUGGUCAAAUUGCCAGUCAGCCCAUGGAGCCCUAACGAAGCCGAAGCUCUCAUCGGCCGAUGGUUCAAUCUUGGUCUGACGCAUGGUUUGGAGGCCAUGACUCUUGCACCAUUCACUCGAGUAGAGGGCUGGUCUAAGGCUCAUGUGGACGAGCUCGUAGAGGCACUCAAAAGGGACAUUUGCCGGCUGAGCGUCCAUGCCUACUGCAGAAUGUUUGUUUGGACGGCGAGGAAACCCGGCCAAUGA